GAAGUCAAUUCCGGGAAGAAGCGAAGCAGAGCAGGGAGCACACCGCGGAGCGCGAUUUUGUCGCGUGAGCAGAGCGGUGUCCGACUCCAAGACAGUCAGAGGAGAGACGUAACAUUGGAAUUAUCACAGAGCAGCAACCCCCAUUCACGCCGGGCUCUUCUCAAAUCCGCGGCGUCUUUUCCAACUGCUCUAUCGUGAGUCUCGUCCGGUUGAGUGGGUUAUUUUGUUAAUGUCAGUUCCUUCGAUUUAAAACAAUCAUAGUAUUGUUCAGUAUUUUGAUUAUUCUAUGCGGGUGUGCAGCAAGUUUACCAAACCUUCAAACUUGCUCCUAAUGGUUCAGAAGUAAAGCACGUGACGUUACCUGGGACUGAGUGCACCUGUCCUGGUAUAAAGUCAAGUAACCACGUUAGGACCAUAGAUUGGACGGAGUAGAUUGGAUCAUGUAUUUUAUGUUGACCAAUAUGCGCUUUCAUAACUGAUCGAAAUGUGGGGAAGUUCUCUGCCAAUGGACACAAGCCGAACACAGCGGAGCCCAACCCUGCUCCUGGAUGGGUGAGGUCCCUGCCAACCCAGUCUGUCAGUGAACCCCCCCACUCCCCACCCAUCGCCUCCCGACCAGGACCCCCUGGGUCACCCAGAGGAGCAGCAGGGAUGUACCAGGAGGUGGCCUUCCUAGCGGGCAGCACGGAGAAAGAGUUCACGCCCUUCCACUUCCCCAUUGAGAACCAGCAGGAGGUGGUAACUAAGAAGGGUGUGUUCUUCAAGCGGCAACGGCUGCUGCGGAGGCCCAAUGAGGGGCAGGAGGAGAACGACCUAUCAGCCGUCAUCAACGUGGGCGGGAUCAGGUACCGUAUCCCCUGGUCCGUUCUGGAGGAGUUCCCUCUGACGCGGCUGGGCCGGCUGAGGGGCUGUAGCUCAUUGGAUGAGAUCAUGGAGGUGUGUGAUGACUACGACGACGGGUGCCAGGAGUACUUCUUUGACCGCAGCCCAUCUGCGUUCCGCACCAUCGUGACGUUCCUAGCGGCAGGGCGGCUGCGGCUGCUGAGGGAGAUGUGUGCCCUGUCCUUCCAGGAGGAGCUGGUCUACUGGGGCGUGGAGGACACCAGGCUGGAGUGGUGCUGCCUCCGAAAGCUACGCAUCAGGCAGGAGGAGCUCAAGGAGCAUCUGAGGAUGGAGGAGGCAGAGCUCACCACAACCCUGACCCCCCAGAGCUGUGAGGAUGGGCAGGGGCACGUCGGGGAGGGAGGGGCGGAGGAGGAGGAGAGCCGCAUGGCGGGGUGUAUGCGCAGGCUGCACGACAUGGUGGAGAACCCUCAAUCUGGACUACCUGGAAAGAUCUUUGCCUUCUUGUCGGUGGUGUUUGUGGCCAUAACCGCAGUAACGCUCUGCAUCAGUACCAUGCCCGACCUCCGGGAGGAGGAGGAGAGGGGUGAGUGUUCUCAGAGGUGCUACAAUAUCUUUGUCCUGGAGACUGUGUGUGUGGCCUGGUUCUCUCUGGAGUUCCUGCUGCGCUUCAUCCAGACGCCGAGUAAGUGUGUGUUCCUGAAGACACCCCUCAACAUCAUCGACGUGGUGGCCAUCCUGCCCUAUUACAUCACUGUGAUCGUAGACUCUCUGUCUGAGGGAGGGGAGAAGCCCAGCGGCGGGAACAACUACCUGGAGAAGGUGGGCCUGGUGCUGCGGGUACUCCGGGCCUUGCGGAUCUUCUACGUGAUGCGUCUGGCGCGCCACUCCCUGGGGCUGCAGACCUUAGGCCUGACGGUCCGACGCUGCACCCGCGAGUUCGGCCUGCUCCUCCUGUUCCUGUGUGUUGCCAUGGCACUGUUCUCCCCGCUGGUGUUCCUUGCGGAGAGCGAGAUGGGCGCCAAGUACGACUUCACCAGCAUCCCCGGCACCUACUGGUGGGCGGUGAUCUCCAUGACAACGGUGGGGUACGGGGACAUGGUGCCGCGUAGCAUCCCGGGUCAGGUGGUGGCGCUCAGCAGCAUCCUCAGUGGGAUCCUCCUGAUGGCGUUCCCUGUCACCUCCAUCUUCCACACGUUCUCUCGGUCCUACCUGGAGCUGAAGGAGGAGCAGAACAGAACACUGAGACAGAAACCAGACUUCCAGGACUCCAGCAAGUCUCAGAACAGCGAGGACUCGGCCGAGACGGACAGUUAACAUGGCAUCACUGUCGCCGCCUCUGCUUUACGCAGGAAGUCCAUCGCCCUUGCGUCACAGAGGAGGGCCAUGCAGACUCAAGACUGAGUCUGUGUGCAACGUGAGAGCCUGUGGGUGUGCAGUGCACUGUGGGAAACUCGUACUAAAGCUGGAGGAUCUAAACAGGGAUGUGACGUUUUUUUCAAGCUUAAGAAGAAAAGGAGCUCCAACAUUUUGUGAGCCUCCAUAGCUCUGUCCAUCAGAGUGUGUUCAAGAGUUUCUAAGAUUUUAUAAGACAGCUGCAUAAGUCUUUUUGCUGACAUUACUGGUGUAGAGCUGAUCACAUUAUAAAAUCACAAGUUCUCUGUGGUCAAAGGACAUUUCACCCAGGAGUAUAGAAGUCCUACAACACAGGAGUAUAGCCCUACAGCACAGCAUGGGGAGAAAUCUUCUCUCUCUCAAAUAUUCAGUGUGAUAAAGCUAUUAUUUUAAGGGAAAAAACACUAAAAAUAUUAUAAUUUUGGUAUAUAUUUAGGAUAAGAAAUAUUGCAACAAGAUAUAAGUGCAAUAAGAAAGAUUAUUUAACUAUAAACAACACAUUUACAUAUUUCAGAAUGCUUAGUUUGUGUCUAUAUAGACUCAGGAUCUGCAUAUUUUAAUAAAUGUAAGAAAACCAUGACCUCGGCUGAUGCAAUGUAUGAUUCUACACUUUAUUAAAUUCAUUUGAUCCCAUGA